CAACGAGGCCACGUGACCGUUGUGCGAGACGUCAUUUUCCCGCCAAGGUGAAUUGCGUACGGUUCUCAGGGCGGAGGCUGCGGCGCUGUAAAACGUGCUUGGGAGCAGUUUUGUCCGAACAGAGUUGUUAGCACCGUUUAAGUAGUAUAUCAAAUUUUUUUCACGGUUUCCACGACCUCUCCUGAUAAUGCCAUCUGUUGAAGACUGGAUCAACAACCCACUGGGUGUUGUUGAUGGGAUUUUUGCUCAGAACAAUCCAGACUGGGAGAAGAAAGCAGUGGAGUAUUUCAAAGAGAAACUGAAAGUAAACGACGCACAGUCCUGGGUUCCGUCCCUGAAUGAUGUGCCACUGCAUUACCUGAAGCCCAACAGCUUAGUGAAGUUCCGCUGUAUGGUCCAGGACAUGUUCGAUCCUGAAUUCUUCAUGGGUGUUUAUGAAACAGUGGAUCCUUCCACAAAUGCAAAAGUGUUGAGAUGUGGAAAGUACAAAGAUGUUACCGACUGUGGGCAGGUGGAUUUCAACUCAAGAAAGACUGUCACCUCAGAAAGGCAGACUUUUUAUUGUGUCCCUAUCCCAGGAGAAUCUCACUGGGUGAAGGAGAGCUAUGCUGGUGCCAGUCAAGCUAGAGUAGUACCCUCUACAUCCUACACCCCAAACAGACACAAACGCAGCUAUGAAGAGGAUGAUGAGAUGGACACACAGACUCAGCAGAAUGAAGAAAUCUCUGGACCACAGAACACAUCAGACUCCCACAGGAAUGUGGACUCAAAACGUUUGGAGACGGAAGCUCCUAGUCAGAACACAUCGCCCUCACACUGCUCAUCUACCCUAGAUCUUAACUUCCCUCUGCCUGGAGAGAGAGGUCCAGCCUGCCUGGUUAAGGUAUACAAUGAGUGGGACAGCUUCAAACUGAAUGACAUGCUGGAGAUCUUCGGCAUUCUCUCAGUCGAUCCUGCUCUCAGCUUGGUAGCUGAAGACAAGGAAGCAUCAUCUUUUCUGGACACUACAGAGAGCAUGGAGUCUGUAGAGGAGCAGAGAGCUCACAGUCCUCCUACGUCACUCGUUCCUCGACUGCACAUGCUGUACGCCGAGCCGCUGCAGCACAACAAUCCGCUACUGCCCUCUGCCGUUUCAGAGGACAAGGGAGCCAAUUUUAACAAUGCCAUAAGCGAGAUGAGUUCAGUCAGAGCGGAGCUGCUCUCUUACCUCACGCAUGUCUUCCUCGGUGACUCGCUGGCUGCUGAGUACCUCAUUCUCCAUCUCAUCUCCAGUGUGUAUGCCAGACGAGAUGUUCUUCCUCUGGGUAAAUUUGCACUGAAUGUCAGUGGCUGCCCCCACACUUCUCCCUACACAGAACAGCUCUAUCAAAUCGUCCAGCAGCUUGUGCCAUCUUCAUACAGGCUAUGUAUGAGUCUCCACAACAUGAACACACAGCGCAUGGUGCCACGGAAAGACUACACAGCCAACCGGCUGGUAAGCGGAGCUCUGCAGCUGGGCAGAAACACCUCUCUGGUGCUGGAUGAGACGCUUCUUGAGCAAGGUCAACUGGACACAACAGGAGUGCGGAACAUCACAGCAUUGGGGAACCUGAUCUCCUGGCAGAAGGUUGAUUACGACUUCAACUACCACCAGAUGGAAUUCCCCUGCAAUAUUAACGUGCUCAUCAUGUCUGAAGGCCGAUCGCUGCUCCCGUGCGACUCUCAGGUACAGCUGAAUCCCACGGUCAGCCCCCCUAACCUGGAGGAGUACCUACAGGCUAUACAACAUGCACAACCUCCAUCACAGCUCAACAAAUACCGUGUGUACCUCACUGUGGCUCGCUCGCUGGACUACAGCAUCUCAGACCAAAUUACUAAGGCAGUGGAGGAAGACUUUGUGGAAAUGCGUAAGGACGACCCUCAAAGCAUAUCUGCUGAGGACCUGCACAGGAUGCUGGUAGUUGCGAGAUUGCUGUCGUUAAGUUAUGGUCAGACAACACUUUCCAGAGAAUGCUGGAUGAAAGCCAAGCAACUGGAACUUCUGCGGACUAGCCGGACACAACAGCAUAAAUGUUUAAAUGGCAAUGAGCCUUAAACUGAGUGUCUUAUUAACUACAUUGGGGAUAACAACGUUUCUGUUAAUAUGGUGAUUUCUUUCUUUGUACAGCACUGAGUUGUUCGGGUUUUUUUUUUUACACUCUUUUUAAAGGCAUGAGGAUAAAAAAAUAAAUAAAUAAAAAUAUGGGUAUUUUUGGAAUAGAAUUUUUGAUAAAGUCUUAAGACAUGCAGGAACUCCUUUCUAUUGACUGAUGUGACAAGAAAAGCUUUUAACAUUCUCAGAACUGGUCCGAAAAAUGAAAAUAAAGUUGAUUAACUUUUAA